AUGCCUCGCCUCCGGGGUUGCAGCAGGCUCGUGUCCGGCGGCGGCGGUGGAGUGACGUCCGACUUUGUGCCCAACAUGGAUGGCGACGACCAGUACGGUUUCAUGCACCUGACGCUUUCGCGGGAGACGAUCAAGGACGCCAGGGGGGACGCCCAAGCGAUGGUGGCCGAUUGGACCCUGAAGCCCAGCCUGGCGACAUACGACAUGCGCCCCGAUAGGGAGUACUGGUACAAGCCCGUCCUGGAGUCGGGGCAGGAUCAGGACGGAUCUCUGGUCGCCCUCGUGGAGCACCAGGUUGGGCUUGCCGCGGCCAAGCUCAGAACGGGCGAGCACAAGCGGGCCAUAGGCAUCCUCCGGCGGGCCGCGGGGGUGGCGGCGGGCUACGCACGCGCUCCCCCCGGGGAGCCGCCGCGCCCCGUGGCCCACGCGGCCCUCGCGCUGAUCCACCUGCAGCACUGCGUGGUGCUGUCGGGCAUGGGCUCCCACGGGGACGCGGCGGAGGAGGCACGCCGAGCGCGCGCCGAGACGGACGAGGUCUGGCGCGUUCUACAGGAAGCAUCGGCCGCAGAGGACGCUGCCGUCUCGGCCUGGUGGGAGGUCGGUCCGCUCGGGGCUGCUGGGGCGCCGGAGCAGCUGAAGGCGCUGCUGCGCAAGCCGCCACCUUGGCUGAGCAUGCUCGUGGAGGUGGCGAUACAGUCGAGGCAGUGCCUGGCGCUCGAGCUCGAGUACCAGCGGCCAGCGGCAGGCCUGGAGGCCGACGACGAGACAGACGGGCUGCACCUGGAGGCCGCACUGCUGGCGGAGCAGCUGCUCCCCGAGGGCCACCCCGUGCGCCAGCGAGCAGCCCAGGCGCACCGGGAGGCGGAGCUGCGGCGGGAGGCCGCCGCGAACCCCGGGCGCUCUCGCAGAUCCAGCGCGGCACCUGCGUCGCUGGCGCUCUCGGCGUCCUUCGGCUCUGCGCGGGCCUCCAGCGCCGGCACGCCGGCGGCCGAGGCGCCCGCCAGCGGGAUGCCGAGCCCGCCGGCUGCGGCCCUGCCUUCGGCGCCGCCGCCAGGCAUGAUGGUGGACCGGCGUGCUGGCAGGGCGCCGCCCCCGCCGAAGCGGCCUCCCUGGGGCGCGGGGGCGCCGCCUCCCCGCAGUGGCCCGGGGCCGAGCGGCGCCGACGGCGGCCCGGCGCCUGGGUCCAGCAGCGGCUCGCGGCGGUCGGCGUCGUCGCCGGCGCUGCCCGCGCUGCCGCAGCCCCUGUCGCCCCAAGGCCCCGGCGGCCGGAGGCUCUCGAGGAUGUCUCGGCGGAGCACCAGCCCGGAGCUGGCCGCCGGCAGGCGGCGCUCGCGGCGCCCCGCGCGGCCGUUCGAGGGGCCUCUGCCCCGCAGCGGGGAGGAGAGCCUCGACCCCUUCGAGGACUGGAGGCGCAACGUGGUGGAUCUAAACAGCAUGACGCUGAAGCAGCGCAAGCUCGCGACCGACGAGGGCCAGCGGGACCUCCAGAACAGCCUGAAGUUGCACGCCCGCAGGUUCAAGCAGGUCGAGAUGAAGGCGAUCGAGACGAUCCCCGACCGCCUCUACGAGAACCGCAUGUACUUUUCCAGCGCGGGCGUGAGCUCGAUGAAGAGGGCCGAGCAGCGGACGGAGUCUUGGAAGCAGGAGGAGUGGAAGCCUUCGCAGCAGGCGCUGGAGAAGCGGCGGGAAGUGAGCGACCUCUUCAGCUUCUACGGCGUGAAUCAGGUCCCAGCAAACAAGAAGUGCAGCGCCGUGCAGCAGUCGCGGGCUCUGCGGCGGCUGAUGAUGGAGUCCGUGGACCGGGAGACGAAGAGGCAGGAGCGCGAGGCGCGCGAGGACGAGCAGGACCUUAGCCGGCAGGCCUCCGGCCAGGCAGCGGCCGCGGCGGCCCCGUCCGCGGGGUCUCCUGGCAAGGCGAACUGAGGCGUCGCAGGGCGGCGCGCCCGCCUGUCUCGGCCACGCGAGAAGGAAGAGGUACCGAUGAUUGAUGAAGAGAAGAAUAAUAAUAAUACUGGCGGUAUUGGUAUCUCUCGGUUUCCCCAGCUUGGCCGGACCCGUGACACGCAGCGCAGGAACGGGGAGAGCGAGCGGGCCGCCUUCGAUCCCUAAGCGGAAGGGCGGGGCGCCGCCUGGGUGCGUGUCACUGCCGCGGACGGUUUGACCCGCGGGGAAAUGCAAAAACAGCAUGCGCCUGUGCGCGGGCUCGUCUGUGCAUGUGCGUCUCGACGUGCACGGCUGCAUGUGUUCAUUGAGUCUGUGCACUUCGGUGCGGCUGUGCAGUGAAAGCUGCGAACACGCGUG